ACCAGCCCCAUAACCCACAGCCACAACGGUGGUCUUGUGUCCAAAGGUUCCUUAUCCUUCCCCAACAGGCAUCACCUCCUCUUCUUCACAAGGUCCAUCGUCUCUUCCUACCACCAAAUCAACCCCAGCAACUGACCAAUGCACUUGGGAUCGGACCACCCACCAUGCCAAUCCUCAGCCUCUCCGCGAAGCCGCUGUCUCGCCUCCCUGCAAAACGAGGAUUGUCAAGAUUAAGUAGGGUGCAGAACCUUGCGUUUACGACGUCGAGGAUAAGGAUCACCAUGCUCAAGCAACAGGAUCAUCCGGGGAAUGAAAGCGGCAGCAGGCCUCUGUACCUCGGGAUAGACUUUGGAACUUCCGGCGCCAGAUACGCACUUAUCGACAAGCAAGGGGCCAUCCAUUCCGAAGGCAAAAGAACUUACCCAGCUGUUGGACAAACCACCAACUGGGCAAGCUCCUGGAGAGAAGCACUCUUCCAGCUUCUUGGCGACAUUCCGUCCGUUCACCAGCCAUCAGUCUCAUCCAUCUCCAUUGAUGGGACUUCAUCAACCACUCUCAUCAUUGAUAGCUGCAGAAACAAUGGAGAGCUUCUUGCCGGCCCUUUCCUCUACAAUGAGAGCUUCCCUGAUGCGCUGCCCAUGAUCAGCUCGAUUGCUCCCGCAAAUCACACAGUGUGCUCUGGUUCGUCCACCCUAUGCAAGCUCGUCUCAUGGUGGAACAAGCAUUGUUUGAAUGGCGGCGAUGAUUCGGCGAUACUGAUGCACCAAUCAGACUGGCUGCUGUGGCUUUUGCAUGGAGAAUACGGCGUUUGUGAUUACAACAAUACUCUCAAGGUAGGGUAUGAUCCAGAGACUGGGUCAUACCCAAGCUGGCUCAUGUCACAGCCAUACUCACACAUGUUGCCUUCUUCUGUCAGAGCACCCGGAGUUCCCAUUGGCCCAAUCAAAGAAGAUGUGCGCUCACAAUAUGGCUUUUCGAAUGACUGUGUGGUCUGUACUGGGACAACCGACAGCAUCGCUGCCUUUCUUGCAGCACGAACCACUGAUCCAGGAAAAGCGGUGACGUCGCUGGGUUCAACGCUCGCGAUCAAGCUCGUCAGCAGAGUCCGCGUGGAAGACGCAAGGUUCGGCGUCUACAGCCACCGCCUGGACGACCAGUGGCUCGUCGGCGGGGCGUCCAACAGCGGGGGUGUGGUGCUCCGGCAACUCUUCAGCGACGACCAGCUGGUGACGCUGAGCAGGGACAUCGACCCGUCAUCUCCUUCCCCUCUUGACUACUACCCUCUGCCCAAGAAGGGCGAGAGGUUCCCUGUCUCUGACCCCGACAUGGAGCCGAGGCUGGAGCCUCGACCCGACAGCGAUGCCGAGUACUUGCACGGCAUAUUGGAGUCCAUGGCGCACAUUGAGGCCAGUGGGUACAAACUGCUGAAGGAGCUCGGCGCAACGCCGGUGGAGGAGGUCUUUACGGCAGGGGGAGGCGCGCAGAAUGAGAAGUGGACGGCAAUCCGGGAGAGAGUCCUUGGGGUGCCUGUUUGGAAGGCAGAGCAGACAGAGGCGGCGUACGGAGCUGCAUUGCUAGCACUCAGGGGUGCUACCACGGGCUCAUGAAAACACACUCAGGGGUGCCAUUUUCUUUUCAAUCCCAGUAGAAUCAUUGAGUUCAAUAUACCCCUUUUUAAAUGAGUAAAAAAUCUACAAUCAUAACUAGACCGAGCAUUGCAACCCUUGCAAAUUCAAAGUGCAACAAAAUUGUUGCUUUACUGACAUUAUGUAAGUAUAUCAGGGACGGUGUAUGAACUAUGUAGCCAAGAUAACAUUUUGUCUCACUCAA